UUUGAUUUGACGCCCAGGUUGACGUCUCUUCCUUCUCUGUUCCAUUGGGUUUCAUUUUUGGAAAUUAGAGCGGCCUGGAAAAUGGGUUGCUUUGGCCACAGCAAAAAACAGAGGAAAAGGUCAGAGAUCAAUUUGCCAUGUAUUAUUCCACCGCCAUCUUCAGAUACAGGCGAUCUGAAGGCAAAUUUGAAUGUAAAAACAGGGGAAGAAGAAAAUGAGGUGGUGUGUGAAAACGACCAGCUGGCGUCAGAUACAAACAUAGAAGAUCUAGAUUCGCAUAACAACGAGGUUUCCAAGAAAGCCAAAACGAAUGAAGGGAUAGAAACAUUUACAUUCAACGAACUUGUAGUAGCAACUAAAAAUUUCAAAUCAGAUUGCUUUCUGGGCGAGGGCGGAUUUGGUAAAGUUUACAGAGGCCAUUUGGGAAGAAUCAACAACCAGGCUGUGGCUAUCAAGCAACUUGAUCGCAAUGGGCUUCAAGGUGUGAGGGAAUUUAUGGUGGAAGUGCUGACAUUAAGUUUGGCCAAUCACUCAAACCUUGUGAAAUUGAUAGGGUAUUGUGCAGAGGGGGAUCAGAGGCUGUUGGUUUAUGAGUUCAUGCCAUUAGGAUCAUUGGACAAACAUUUGCAUGAUGCUCCACCGGGCAGAAAAGUGCUUGAUUGGAAUACAAGAAUGAAAAUAGCAGCGGGUGCAGCGAGGGGAUUGGAGUACUUGCAUGACAAGAUGACACCUGCGGUUAUAUAUCGGGAUCUAAAAUGCUCGAACAUUUUGCUUGGGGACGGGUACUGGCCGAAGCUCUCGGAUUUCGGUCUAGCCAAAGUGGGUCCUAGUGGAGAUAAGACCCAUGUUUCUACUAGAGUCAUGGGAACAUAUGGAUAUUGUGCACCAGAUUAUGCAAUGACAGGCCAAUUGACAUUCAAAUCUGAUAUCUACAGCUUUGGAGUUGUUCUUUUGGAGCUCAUCACUGGAAGGAAAGCCAUUGACCACACAAGACCACCAAGGGAGAUGAGUUUGGUAGCAUGGGCGAGACCGUUGUUUCAAGAUCGAAAACGGUUCUUGCUAAUGGCGGACCCGAGGCUCGAAAGUCAGUACCCUGUCAGAGGGCUAUAUCAAGCUCUUGCCAUUGCUGCAAUGUGCCUCCAGGAGCAGCCUACAAUGAGGCCAAUGAUAUCAGAAGUGGUCACUGCUCUAGAUUUCCUUUCUUCCCAGAAUUAUGCCUCAAGGGUUUAGUUUAUCAGAGAUCUUUGAGUUUGUUCCGAGCAACUGACGAUCAUUGCAUAAUCAUCGGCCCUACACAAGAGCC